GGUUGAGAGCUGGGCGCAGGUGCGCGCAUGCGCACUGGGAGGAGGGCGCGCGUUGGCAGGUGUCUGGGCUGGGCGUCGGCGGGCAAUGGGGUUGCUGACGCUGCUGCUCAUCGCGCUGUGCGCGGCGGGCGCCCGAGGGCUGUAUUUCCACAUCGGCGAGACCGAAAAGCGCUGCUUCAUCGAGGAAAUCCCCGACGAGACCAUGGUUAUCGGGAACUACCGCACCCAAAUGUGGGAUAAGCAGAAGGAGAUCUUCCUACCCUCGACCCCCGGCCUGGGCAUGCAUGUGGAGGUGAAGGACCCUGAAGGCAAGGUGGUGCUGUCCCGGCAGUACGGCUCAGAGGGCCGCUUCACCUUCACUUCCCACACUCCUGGUGACCAUCAGAUCUGCCUGCACUCCAACUCUACCAGGAUGGCUCUCUUUGCUGGCGGCAGACUGCGUGUGCACCUAGACAUCCAGGUCGGGGAGCAUGCCAACAACUACCCCGAGAUUGCUGCCAAGGAUAAACUGACGGAGCUGCAGCUCCGAGCCCGCCAGUUGCUGGAUCAGGUGGAACAGAUCCAGAAGGAGCAGGAUUACCAAAGGUAUCGUGAAGAGCGCUUCCGUCUGAUCAGUGAGAGCACCAACCAGAGAGUCCUGUGGUGGUCCAUCGCUCAGACCGUCAUCCUCAUCCUCACUGGCAUCUGGCAGAUGCGUCACCUCAAGAGCUUCUUUGAGGCCAAGAAGCUGGUGUAGUGCCCUCUCCAUAUGACCCUUUCCUGUCACCUCAGUUGUUCGGUACUUUCCCCACCCAAUACCUUAUCCAUCUGGAUUUUGAGGGAAGAAACAGUGAAAAAAAGAAUAUAAGCCACAUUGGUUCUGUGGCAACAAAGCAUUCAGAUCAGCCACUUGUUAACACUGGUUCUCAAGGACACAGGACAUUGGUCCAAGCUUUCAAAGAUCUGUCUUGGGGUUUGUGGGGAGUCAGAACUGACCCAGGACUAAGUCUUGCUUCUUUCGCCACUAGUGAUUCCUCUCCAUCCUGUCACAAAAUGAGCAAAUGUCUCCUACUGCUUUAACCUCUCUCUUCGUCUGCUUAGAAAGUAGGCGACCAAAAUGCCCCACCGAGGAGGCCCCACCUCACUGCUCCCCCGUCAGUCCUGGGUUCACUCAGUGGCUUCGUGAAUGUAAAUAAGGGGCAAAGGCCCCAGAGGAUUGAAAUGUUUUUCUAUAUAUUAGAACUAUUUUUUGAUAAAAUUAUAUAUUUUCCUUCCUAGUUGAAGUGUUACUGCCUUUGUGUGACUAGCUAAAAACACCAAUGCAGUCCCUUCUGCAUUGUUUAUCCAUGCAUUCUUGUUAACUAACUACCAUGGCAGCUCUCAGGAUUUCAGCUCUCAGGGCCAGAAAGCAGACAUCCCAGCUGCUCUCAAGGCCUAAUCAGAGGGCCAGGCAGAGAAUUCUUUGGGACACCUGUGAUUUCCAUCACACAGGGCCUGAGUUCAGACUGAGGCAGUGACAGAGCUAGCACAAGGCAGGGCACUCUUACCCUUCCAUUUCCCUUAACCUUUAUUUAAGCUGUGGUAAAUGUUUUCUUCGUGGGAACCAGAUUUGGUUCUUUAUACAGAUUUUUCCAGUGAAAUAAAGCGUGUUGUAGUA